GAUUCAGAGUCCAAUUCGUGAACGAACGUUUUGUGAACCGGUUCAACUAAUUCCUUCAAAACAAUCCAGCAAAACAAUCCUUCACGAACGAGUCAUCCUCCCUAAAUUUGAAGCUGUUCUGUGUGGUGUAACCAGAGCCCCUCCCCUAUCGCUGGUGUAACCGACGACAUGUAGUUCAGCUGUCAUGUGACCGUGAAACAGGAAAUGGUGUGACUGUGAAAGAGAGGAACCCUGAAAAUCCUCAUGGCUGUGAAUCAAGAAAAAUGUGGAAACUAAAAUGUCAAAUGGUGUUACCUGUUACCCCAUUUGACUCCCAUUUAGCACACAAACUAUGGUGAUUUUAGAUGCUACCCUAAAGAUGCCACUAUCAAACAAUGAGAAAUCAGCUCGACACAGAGCGAAGGUGAAUGCUGAUCCUGUUGCCAGGGCCAGAUACCUUGCAAAAAGAAGAGAAAGCUAUCAACGAAGAAAGAGAGAGGGAAAGACAAAACAUCCUGCAGUAUCCGAACUCUCUAAGGAAAGACAGGCGGAAUUGAGGCACAAAUGGAGACAGUACCAGAGAAGUCGCAGAAACAAGCUUCGUAAUUUACCUCUGCAAUCCUGCUCUCAUUUUGAGAUGAGCUCUCAAUGGCUGCAGGAUUUCGCUCCUUACUCCCCCAGCAGUGAGCUUGACUCCAGCUCUGCGAGACAGGAGAGUCCCGUGAGCAGCUACAGCUGGAUGAAACAGGAACCAGAGACUGAAGUAAUCCAGUGGGAAAAUAUAAACUCACCGCCAGCUGCUGAUUAUACAGAGCAGGACAACACUCUGAGCAGUGCCACCUCCAUGAUACCGCCGAUUAUGGAAGAUGUACCCAGCAGUGUUAUGCUGACCAUCACGAAACUGCACUGUCUGCUGGAGAGCAAACAGGAGAGGAUUGAAGCUCUGGAGAGACAGGUGCAGGACCUACAGGAGGAUCGCAGGUUCCUCCGCUCUCAGAUCGAGAACCUCACUGGCGCUCUCUCUGCUCAUGUCUGUCGAGGGGUUUCAGAUGAAACAGUAGGAGAAAGUUAAAUGGGUCCUAUGAAACGUCUCAAGCCACUGCACUGCAUGGACCCUUAAUGUUCAAACAUUUUAUUUUUGUGUAAUCAUGUUAUCAUUGUUAAUAAUUUAUUUGAAUGAGUUUUGAACAAUUACCGGUAUGUAUUAGGUAUUCAAUAUUUAUUAUUGUUAUUAUUAUUAUUAAUAGUGGAAAUUUUGUCAAUUUAUAACUGUACGACUUUCUGGGGACGAUAAAAUGUCUUUAUCUCUGUCACUAAAGGUGUGGCCACAGUUACUGUUGGUUAGCACAUUUUUUUUCUGCCAAAAUUCAGUCAUUUCAAUAUGGAAUCCAUAUUUUUUCUUGCAGAUUUGCAAUUUUUCCAAAAUUUUACAUGCAAAAUAUCAUUUCCAUUUCCAUUUCAGUAGUGUAGUGAUGCAUGAAGCCCCGCUUGACCUCUUACAUGAUCUAUACAGCAGUCUGAAAGCUCUCGCCCUCGUCUCACGGGAUUUCACCUGGGCAACGGCAAAUGUCCCUGCUAAAAAACCCUGCUAAAUCCAACCUAAGAUGAUUGUCUGGUCUUAGCAGGUUUAGCAGCCUGGAUGUAGAUGGGUUUCGGCCACUCCAUUAGAUGGUCAGACUGGAAGAACCAGCUGAACACCAGCUAAGAUCAGCCAAUCAGAUUAGGCUGGUUUUAGCUUUUCUUCUUUUUCUUCUUCUUUUUUUUCCAACAGGGGUGGCCACACCUUAAGUCUUUUCUUAAAUAACCUAUGACAACAGGUUAUGAAUGACAUGAAAUGUUUGUUAAUUUUCAGUAACCUGUUGAAAAUGCAUUGCUUUGGUGCAUUAUGUAGAACAAAGCACAUGGAACUUGCAUUUCAUUUUGCAUUUCAUUAAGCAGUUGCUGCUUGAUAGCUUGUAAAAAAAAAAAAAAGCAACAUAAAGAAAAGGUAAUGGAUAUGCUUUAUUGGCAUUUGUUGAGAAACAAAUGUUUGUUUGUUUGUUUUUUAUAUUUGUAGAUAUGCAUAUUUUAAUAAAAGAUAUUUGUUUCUAUCUUAA